AUGUCGGAUCAGCGCAACAUCACUUCCGUGUAUGGCCGCCGCGAUAGUGAUCCUGAUCCACAACGGAACGCACCCUUGGAAACAACAAGGCGGACAGAUGGUGGUGUAGAAUCGAGCGCGAUACCCUUCAAGCAGUCUGAGGUGGCUGCACGACGCUGCGCGACGACCUCAUAUGCGCCAGGGUCACUUGUGUUUCCUCUCUUGACUAGCUUAGCUGACAUUGUAUUCGCAGACGAUCUUCCUACCAAGCGUGAAUUGGAAACGUUCAGUGUGCGAGUGGACACGAAGCCCGGUGUCUUCAUGCCAAUUAGCCCGGUGAAGGCUCUGAAGUGCCCGAUAGUAAAUUGCCUGCCGCCAUCCGGACCGUACUACGACGAGUUCAUUCUCGAAAGCACCUUCGGCGAAGCCAUGUUCGACGUGUACGCCAACGGCGAGAUCCGCGUGUGUAUUGUUUGCUGGGGGCCUAAACAUAAAGACAACCACAAGAAGUGCAAGAGGAAGUGUCGAGUUUGCGGAACUUAUGACCAUCCGGGGCAGACAUGUGGUCAGAUAUAUGCGAGGAUGUCGUGGUGGAAGGCCCGGGGUCACAAGGUGAUCAAGACACAGCGCAUCCGCCCCGGUGUUGGCGAACUCGUAUACCUCGUCAAAGCCGGAAUCGUGCACAGCUUCCGAAAGUUUACGGACGUUGUCAACGUAAACGAAGAUCAUCCGCUCGUACGCGAGCUCUACCGCACGACCUCGAUGCCACUAUAUACACCGGGAAGGACUGUCUGGCCCAAGUCAGGCAAGGGUCAAAAGCGGUCAAGGCCAAGCGUUGAAGGGCCUUCAAAUCCUGAGGGCAUUGUUUCGCAUGUGCCGGAAGAAGUGCAGGAAGCGCAAGAGCCGGUAUACGGCUUCAAGCCCAGCAACAGGGGCUCCAACCACAGCGUGGAUUCCAGUCGUGAUCCCAGGCUUAUGGCUCGACGCGUGGUAGACGAAGAGGAUGGGGUACUUGGUGAAAUCGCACCGAUUGUCGAUCAGCCAGUGACACACGAGUCUGGCGGUGGCGAUGUUGAAGCGAGCGCGUCUGGACAAGACUCAUCGCCCCAGUCUGAGCUGAUCCGAUAUCUGGAGGCCGAGAACAAGCGCCUAGUUGCGGAACUUCGGCAAGCUCGCAUCGAGUUGGUUGCGAAAGACGCUCGCAUUGCUGAGUUGACGGAUGACGGGGUUUCAACGGGCACGAAGCGCCCCAGGGCCUGA